CGGCUGUGUGUGUGUGUGUGUGCCCUGAAUCUAGCUUUGUAUAUUACACUCAAUAUUAAAAUAGUAUUAUAUUUGGAGAAGAAUAUGAAACUGUAUCCUCUCUUCACAUUCCUGUACCAUGUCCUCCCAGCCCUCUCUCCUUGCAUGGCUACUGCUUCUAUUCUCAGUGUGAAACGGCAGGCAAUCUAGACAGGCAGGAGGCCUGUGACCCGAGGGGCUCUUGUUCAGAAGGGUAGGGUGUGCUGACAAGUCAGGGCAGAGGUGUAUGACUCUAGCUUUCAGUUCUGGUUCAGUCUGAGUCUAAGUUUCCCCAUCUACAGGAUGGGGACCUUUAGUUGAUGAAACAGUUUGGCUGUGCCUCUCUGCCUGGGUGUUUAUAAGCAAAAUCAACAAAGAAUCAAGAGGUGCUUCGUGGGCCUAGCGAGACAAGAGGGCAGCUGUUGGCACCGAGUGCAGAGCCCAACACACACAAGGCCCUGGCGUGUAUAGAUGUUCAGUAAUUGGCCAUGAGAGAUGAUUGUCUGAGGAGCUCAGGCUCAGAUGCCUCCAGGGCCCAGCUCAGGGAUGGGGCAGGGUCCAGGCCUGGUAGACUGACAGAAAAGGAGCCACUGUAGCCGCUGGUGCUCAGGCCUGGUGUCCCCUCCUUUAGUCUUACCAGAGGUGCUGCAAGCCCAGCUGUUCCCACUGGCAGUAGGGACGAGGACGUUUGGGGCUCCAUCAUGGCACCGUUCCUGCGCAUCUCCUUCAAUUCCUAUGAGCUGGGCUCCCUGCAGGCGGAGGACGACGCAAGCCAGCCUUUCUGUGCCGUGAAGAUGAAGGAGGCACUCACCACAGACCGAGGGAAGACUCUGGUACAGAAGAAGCCCACCAUGUACCCUGAGUGGAAGUCAACAUUCGACGCCCACAUCUAUGAAGGCCGUGUCAUCCAGAUCGUGCUGAUGCGGGCAGCUGAAGACCCCAUGUCGGAGGUGACCGUGGGCGUGUCAGUGCUGGCUGAGCGCUGCAAGAAGAACAACGGCAAGGCUGAGUUCUGGCUGGACCUGCAGCCUCAGGCCAAGGUGCUGAUGUGUGUGCAGUAUUUCCUGGAGGAUGGGGAUUGCAAACAGUCCAUGCGUAGUGAGGAGGAGGCCAUGUUCCCAACUAUGAACCGCCGUGGAGCCAUUAAACAGGCCAAGAUUCACUACAUCAAGAACCACGAGUUCAUCGCCACCUUCUUUGGGCAGCCCACCUUCUGUUCUGUGUGCAAAGAGUUUGUCUGGGGCCUCAACAAGCAAGGCUACAAAUGCAGGCAAUGCAACGCUGCCAUCCAUAAGAAAUGCAUCGACAAGAUUAUCGGCCGCUGCACUGGCACUGCUACCAAUAGCCGGGACACCAUCUUCCAGAAAGAACGCUUCAACAUCGACAUGCCUCACCGAUUCAAGGUCUAUAACUACAUGAGCCCCACCUUCUGUGACCACUGUGGCAGUUUGCUCUGGGGAUUGGUGAAACAGGGAUUAAAGUGUGAAGACUGCGGCAUGAAUGUGCACCACAAAUGCCGGGAGAAGGUGGCCAACCUGUGUGGUAUCAACCAAAAGCUCUUGGCUGAGGCCUUGAACCAAGUGACCCAGAAAGCUUCCCGGAAGCCAGAGACACCAGAGACUGUCGGAAUAUACCAGGGAUUCGAGAAGAAGACAGCUGUCUCUGGGAAUGACAUCCCAGACAACAACGGGACCUAUGGCAAGAUCUGGGAGGGGAGCAACCGGUGCCGCCUUGAGAACUUCACCUUCCAGAAAGUACUUGGCAAAGGCAGCUUUGGCAAGGUACUGCUUGCAGAACUGAAGGGCAAGGAAAGGUACUUUGCAAUCAAGUACCUGAAGAAGGACGUGGUGUUGAUCGACGAUGACGUGGAGUGCACCAUGGUGGAGAAGCGGGUGCUGGCGCUCGCCUGGGAGAAUCCCUUCCUCACCCAUCUCAUCUGUACCUUCCAGACCAAGGACCACCUCUUCUUUGUGAUGGAGUUCCUCAAUGGGGGUGAUCUGAUGUUCCACAUUCAGGACAAAGGCCGCUUCGAACUCUACCGGGCUACGUUUUAUGCAGCUGAGAUCAUCUGCGGACUGCAGUUUCUACAUGGCAAAGGCAUCAUUUACAGGGACCUCAAGCUAGACAAUGUAAUGCUGGACAAGGAUGGCCACAUCAAGAUUGCUGACUUCGGGAUGUGCAAAGAGAAUAUAUUUGGGGAGAACCGGGCCAGCACAUUCUGCGGCACUCCUGACUACAUCGCCCCUGAGAUCCUGCAGGGCCUGAAGUACUCAUUUUCCGUGGACUGGUGGUCUUUUGGGGUCCUCCUCUAUGAGAUGCUCAUUGGCCAGUCCCCCUUCCAUGGUGAUGAUGAGGACGAGCUCUUUGAGUCCAUCCGGGUGGACACACCACACUACCCGCGCUGGAUCACCAAGGAGUCCAAGGACAUCAUGGAGAAGCUCUUCGAGAGGGACCCUGCCAAGAGGCUGGGAGUAACAGGAAACAUCAGGCUUCACCCCUUUUUCAAGACUAUCAACUGGAACCUGCUGGAGAAGCGGAAGGUGGAGCCGCCCUUUAAGCCCAAAGUGAAAUCCCCUUCAGACUACAGCAACUUUGACCCAGAGUUCCUGAAUGAGAAACCCCAACUUUCCUUCAGUGACAAGAACCUCAUCGACUCUAUGGACCAGACAGCCUUCAAGGGCUUCUCCUUUGUGAACCCCAAAUAUGAGCAAUUCCUGGAAUAGUGAGCUCCCAGACCUGCUUUUAAUGCCCCGGCAGAGUAGGCCCAUCUGCCCUGGUUUGCAUCCGCACUGCCCAUGAAGAAGAGUGGGUGACUGGUGAUUCCUGCUGCUGCCCCCUCUUCCUCGGAGAGUCUGGCUCCUGUUGGCUGGGCUCACAGUACUUCCUCUGUGAACUGUUUGUGAAUUUGCCUUCCUUUUGCCAUCGGAGGGAAACUGUAAAUCCUGUGUGUCAUUACUUGAAUGUAGUUAUUGAAAUAUAUAUUAUAUAUAUGCACAUAUAUAUAAUAGGCUGUAUAUAUUGCUCAGUAUAGAAAGCAUGUAGGAGACUGGUGAUGUGUUGACCUUUUUUUAAAAAAAACCAUAUGUAUACGUGUGUAUGUAUACAUCUACACACGUAUACAUAUAUGUAUGUAUGUAUGUAUGUAUGUAUGUAUGUAUGUAUGUAUGUAUAUAUGACCAAAAGAAAAAGAGAGCACAAGCUACCUGAACCACAGGAUUGUUUAUGUGUGUAUAAAUAAACACUGAAUGGUACCAA